CUCAAAACCAAUGAUGAAUGAGCACGGUACUGAUCUUUGAGUCGAAUAUGGGUUUGGAUGACUGAGAAAAAUUCAUAAUUGGCUGGAAUCCGCAUACAGAACAAAAGUCUCCUCAUGUUAGUUUUAGUGAGCAGGUGCACUUUGCGGCGCACUUUGCAGCGCCCUGCAACAAUUGACUUUUUAGCGGCAAUCGGUACAACAAUACCCAAGUCUACCACCAUUAGAACAAGCCCAUUUCGUCGCAGGCUGUUCUCAACAACACCUAAUAAUCAGAAGACACAGCCAAAAAUCAAAGGACGUGAUAUGGAUCAAGGUGUUCGUGUUGCCAUUGCCGGCUGUGGUCACGGAACGCUAGAUGCCCUCUAUGCAUCUGCGCAGGCAUCCUGCGAAGCCCGAGGAUGGGACAAUUUAGACAUCUUCAUUAUCGGAGGUGAUUUCCAAGCUGUUCGCAAUGCCAAAGAUCUCUCAGUUAUGUCGGUGCCAGCCAAGUACCGUGAAUUGGGGGAUUUCCCAGAGUAUUACAGCGGCAAGAAAAAGGCGCCGUACUUAACCGUAUUCGUAGGCGGGAACCACGAGGCCAGUGCGCAUUUAUGGGAGCUGUACUACGGAGGCUGGGUUGCACCCAACAUUUACUACAUGGGCGCCGCUAACGUCCUGCGUCUUGGUCCUCUACGAAUUGCUGGUAUGGGCGGUAUCUACAACGAACCUCACUACGACAAAGCUCACUAUGAACGACUCCCUUUUAGCCGGAGUCAUAUGUCCAGCUUCUACCAUACACGUGAAUUCGACGUGCGCAAACUCUUGCAAAUGCGUGAGCAAGUUGACGUCGUAUUAAGCCAUGACUGGCCAAGGGCUAUAGAGAACCAUGGUAACACCGCCUCUCUGUUCGAGUGGAAGCCUCAUUUCAAGAGGGAAAGUCUCGAUGGCUCGUUGGGAAACCCAGGAGCUGGAUAUGUCAUGGAUCGACUAAGACCAGGGUAUUGGUUUUCAGCCCAUAUGCAUUGCAAAUAUCCCGCUGUCAAAAAAUACCAAGAUCCAACUAAAGCUGAGCUAGCUCAGAUGGAAAAGGCACAGGAGCAGCAGAAGGCUGCAGCUAUAGCACUUCAGCAGGAGGCUGUCGCCAACCCAGACGAGAUUGAUUUGGAUAUGGACGAUGAAGCGGAACCCUCGCCAGCCGAACCAGCUGAUGCCACAGUCCCUUCAGAACCCGAAGUUGCAACCCCAGUAGAUGCUGUACCCAAAGAGCUCCGCGAACAAUUGCCGGCAUCCUUCGAUAAGCCAGUACAAAGGCCACCCGGAGUCAAUCCAGGCCAACCAGUCCCGCCGACCAUCAAGAACAAAACCGUGCGUUUCCUCGCCUUAGACAAGUGUCUCCCGGGACGCAAAUAUCUCCAGCUGUGCGAUAUACAUCCAAUUAGCGAAUCGCCCACGGAUAAGUCAAAAUCAUCAAAUAACUCAAAGCAGCGCUACGUAUUAGAGUACGAUCCAGAAUGGCUUGCGAUUACGCGUGCCUUCGCGCCGUAUCUAACCAUUGGCGGGCAGCACAUGAGCCAGGCACCCCCGGACCUAGGCGAAGAGGUUUAUCGGCCGAUGAUCGAUCGGGAGCGCGCUUGGGUGGAUCUGAACAUCGUCGACAAGGGCAAGCUAGCUGUGCCCCACAACUUCGCCCUCACCGCAACGCCUCACCGUCGGGGCGUCGAUCCCGACUUCGUGGAUGAGCAGCCGGAUGAGCAUACGAAUCCGCAAACGACAACGUUCUGCGAGCUCCUUGGCGUGCCGAAUCUCUGGGAUGCGACUCCCGAGGAGAGGGCGAGACGCAAGGAGGAGGGUCCUAAGGUUACAUCUGCGGAACCGAGAUUUAGUCGCGGUGGUGGGUUCGCUGGAAGAGGUGGUGGAAGAGGUGGUGGAAGAGGUCAUGACAAAUCUACACAAAGGGAGAAGUUCGUUAAGGGAGGAAGAGGAUGGGGCAAGUCGGUUAAUGACGCUACCGAGAAGAUAGAUUGGUUUUCAAAGUGAUUUGUGCAGUGUCAUUAGAAGCUCACGAAUUAGUUCGGAGA